GCAACGGCUCGUGGAAGCGAGGGGAUAGGUACGACAGUGAGGCGCGACAGGCGUACUCUGCCCUCAACACAGUCACGCUGCUCCGGACGGUCAAACCAGAGUUUGACAACUUCUCCCUGGAGGUCAAGAGAUCAAUUCAGAAGGCUGGACUACCGGACUGUGACGACUGUGACAAUAUCAACAUGUUUGUGGAAGGGUUCCAUGAUGCAUUGCUGCUGUACGCCCUGGCGCUGCAUGAAGCAAUCAGGAACGGACUCACCAAGAAGGACGGAGCAGAGAUCACCUACCGCAUGUGGAACAGAACGUUUGAAGGCAUCGCAGGCCAGGUGUCUAUGGACUUCAACGGGGACAGAUACGGAGACUUCUCUGUGAUGAGCAUGACCAACACAGAGGCAGGCACCUAUGAGGCGGACUAGGAGUAUCUGCUGUUACUGGGAUCAUAGUGGGAGCCCUGCUGGGGACAGCACUGCUCAUGGCCUUCUACUUCAUCAGGUAAAACGGAAGAACUACACAUAACCGUGAGAGACGCACAGCCAGGGAGGAACGUGACACGGGGAAACAUCGUCAGCUACGAGAAGAUUCUGUCAGAUCGAUCUUCUCGGCGGCGUAGAGCCUCGCCGCUUCCUGACGGUUCCGUUCCAGCCGAGCAUCAUGGGAAUGUGACCAAAGACUCGACACACUGUACCCUGCUGUCAGAGUACUCAUGCUAUUUAAAGAAAGACAUAGUGUCAUUGUUUUGUGUAUUU